AUGCCAACCCAGAGCGACCUCACCAUUGAUGUCACCAAGUUUCAUCCAAGCAACGUCACCGAGGAAGUAAAGAAAGUGAAUACAUUCAUUGAGAAUGUGACUAAAAAUGGGCCGAAGUGGGAUGAAGUAGGGGCAGAGAAAUACCGGCAAAUGCGAGAGACAGGCGAGACACCUCUACCAGUGCCAGUCUACCUUUCAGAUGCUAUAGACGCAACACUACCAUCAAGAGAUGCUGGCCGUGAUAUUCCUUUACGUGUAUUUCGGCCAGAGAAUGGUCUUCCAAGCAAGGGUAUCUAUCUCCAUUUUCACGGAGGAGGGUUCGUAUUAGGGACCCACAAACAUUCGGAUACCCCUCUGAAAAUGUAUGCCAAUAAAUGCCAGCUUACCGCUAUCUCAGUUGGGUAUCGCCUCGCCCCAGAAGACCCCUAUCCAGCCGGUAUAAAUGACUGCGUUGAUGCCGCAGAGUACCUCAUUGACCAUCCGGAGGAAUAUCAAGCAAAGUUGGCUCUUGUGGGCGGGGAAUCAUCUGGUGGUUGUCUAGCAGCAUUGACUGCAUUUCAGCUUAUGCGCUCACGCCCACAACAUCAACUCGCAGGCCUGAUCUUCCCAUACGGCUGGUUUGAUAUAUCUCUUGGUCUACCAAAAGUGACCUCAUUUACAAGACCGCUGGUAAUCAACCUUGAAGCGAUGCAACUUUUCGCUAAUGCCUAUGCCCCUAAUAAAGAAGAGAGGAGGCAUCCUCAACUCUCACCACUAUAUGAGGACAUGCAGGCCCUGGCUUUACAAUCACCUAGCUUAUCACUCCCACCAGCACUAUUCCUAUGUGGAACAAACGACCCAUUGCUGGAUGAUACCCUUCUUAUGAAUAUGAAAUGGAUGAUAGCAGGUGGAGAGUCUGUUCUAAAAAUUUAUCCAGGAGCUCCUCACGGAUUCAACGCUUUCCCUGGAAAGAUGGGAGAGGAUGGAAAGGCUGUCAUUCUUCAGUUUAUGCAGGAGAAGUUAGACGCUGCGACGCAGAGGAAUUGA